AUGAAACAAGCUAUGAAAGAUCUUAAUAAUGCAAAGUACAGUGCAGUAGGAGAAAAUAUUAAUCAAUGUAGGAAGAAACUUUGUGAAUUACAGAAGCAAAUGAGGGAACCUGGACAAGUUGAGGAUAUGGUUCUAGAAGAAAAUGACACAAAGGUACAACUGGAGAAAUGGCUUGGGGUGGAAGAAAGUAUCAUGAAACAAAAGUCUAGAGUACAAUGGUUGAAGCUAGGAGAUGCUAACAUAACUUAUUUCUUUGCAAGUACGAAAAACAUAUACUCUCAGAAUAAAAUCAAGAGCUUAAUAAUGAGAAAUGGGGAAGUGGUGCAGACAAAACAAGAGAUUGAAGAGGAAGUGCUUGGUUUCUAUAAGCAGCUAUUGGGAUCAACAACUGAAAGUUUGCCUGCUAUUAAUCCAGUAGUUAUGAGGGAUGGCCCAUUGGUGAAUAGGCAACAACAACUACAGCUGGUGAAAGGAGUUUAUAAAGAAGAAAUAUACCAGGCACUGCUUGGUAUUAGUGAUAACAAAGCAUUUGGUUGUGAUGGAUUCAAUGCACUAUUUUUCAAAAAGGCAUGGUUGUGGUUGGGGACAGGAUAA